UUUCCUUUCUCCGCAACAAAUGACGGUGGAAACCAAGCACUGCCGCGGUCAUUGAAGGACUGUAUCACCGGAUCGUGCGCGCCGCCGGAAUGGUUUUUGUGGAAUAGGAGGGGAAGGAUUGCGAAUGAACGAGAGAAAACAGGGAAGAUUAGGGUAAGAUUGAGACGCCAGUAAAAUCAUUCACUCAAAACCUUUUCUGACAAUUGUAAAUCCUCCUUCCUUCCACGGCGGCCGGCGGUCGAGAAUUUCAAAUUGAGCAACGCCGCCGGAAUCCAAGGGAGCACAAUUUUAUGCUUGCGGCAAUGGAUUUUUCUGGUGUGGAAUCGAGUCUGGGGAAUCGUACGGGGACCAUGGGUGAGAUAUGAGAUUAGCGCAAUCCCUAAUUUUUUUUUUCGAAGUUGAAAUUUAGGGGGAAAAAAAAAAUGUCUGUAUUCCGCUCAGUUGUUCGACGCCAUUGCUAUUGCUCUGUAGUUGCAGUCAGAAUCCGUAAUUUCAGCGCCAAUUCCUCUUCAGCAGCUGAGAAUUUCCUAACGCAUUUGCAGGAAGGCGCCGCGCAGAUCGAGAAGAAUCUCGACACGGUGAAGACGAAGCUGGAUGCUCGAUGCGUAGCUCAAGUUCUAGAAAGGUGCGCAAUCGAUAAACCUCAAUUAGGGUUACGAUUCUUCGUUUGGGCUGCCCUUCGCCCCACCCACAGGCACACAUCAUUCAUGUACGAAAAAGCUUGUAAAUCAUUGGGGAUUGAUCGAAACCCUAGAAUUAUAAUAGAUGUGAUGGAUAAAUACAGGGAUGAAGGCUUAGCUGUUAGUCUUAAGAUGCUUAAGGUAGUUUUAAAUCUCUGUAAAUCAGCUAAGGAUGAUAAUUUAGGGAUGCUGGUUUUGAGGAAGAUGAAGGAGUUCAAUUGCAGGCCUGAUACAGUUUCUUACAAUGUCGUGAUUCGAUUGCUCGUCGAAAAGGGUCGAAUGGAUGAAGCCAUGGCAUUAAUGACUGAGAUGGGGUUGAUCGAUCUUUAUCCCGAUAUGAUCACGUAUGUUUCGAUUAUUAAAGGGUUGUGUGAUGCCGGUAGGUUGAAGGAUUCGGUGUCGUUGAUUAGGGAUAUGAAAAUGCAAGGAUGCCCGCCGAAUUCAGUCGUCUAUUCCUCGCUUCUCGAUGGAAUUUGUCGACACAAAAGUUUGGAAACGGCGUUGGAGUUCUUGGACACGAUGGAGAAAGAGAAUGGAUCGUGUAAACCAAACGUUGUGACAUACACGACUAUGAUAAAAGGGUUUGUCGAAAAGGGGAGGGCGUCGGAGGCGGUGACGAUUUUGGAUAAAAUGUAUGAUUCGGGGCAUAAACCAAAUCGAGUGGCGUUUGUAUCUUUGCUCGAUGGGCUUUGUCGAGAAGAUCGUUUAGACGAAGCGCGUAGGGUCGUCGAUAAGUAUGGCGGAGGGGAAUUUCCGUACGACGAUUUGUAUAGUUUGCUCGUCGUCUCGGUUUUGCGUAGCGGGAAUCCGAAGGAGUCGGAGAGUAUGAUUAGAUCGAUGAUUGCUCGCGGAUUGAGACCGAGCGGUUUGGCGUCGAGCCAUGUUGUUAGAAAUUUGGUUUCGGAGGGACGGGUUGUCGAUGCGUUUUCUUUGUUAGAUGCCCUUGAGAAGUCGGGGAAUUUGGCGCACGUCGAUGGUGGCGUUUACUCGACUCUUUUGGCGGAGCUUUGCCGGAAAAAUAAUUUUGCCGAUGCGGAGAAGGUUGUUGGUGUUAUGGUUGAGGGAAGAAUUUUCGUCAAGUCUUGUCUUGCCGCGAGUAUAAUCGAACACCUCGACAGCUCCGGCGAAUGCGAUUUGGCUUCGGAAGUUUCGAAGAUUGUUAGAUAAAAAAGCCUUCUUUUUAUCGAAAUGUUCUCUAAAACGAUCGUCGAUAGUUUAUUCGGUUGUAGUUGGACGUAUUUCUAACAUUUUUAUGCCGUUAAAGAAAAUAAGAAGGUGAGCAAUUUUUUGCUCAUGUUG